GUCACCGACAGAAACGGUUUAUUAGAGUUCGGAUGGUUUUCGUUUGGCUCAGAAGACGCUGAGCUCCCAUCCAGAACGAAGCAAUGGAGGACCGAAGGAAAUCUGCGCGUUGCUUGUCUCGUUCUAGGCUCGUGGUGCUUGUGUUUUCUCUGUCCAUCGUUGCUACCGUUCGAGCUCAACUUGCAGCUGACUGCCAAUGUGGACGGGUGAGCCUGGAGUGGUGUGAAGGUGCGAGCAGUAGUUGUCGACGACCGACCAGUAAGCGCAUAACCCAGUGUUCAACGCUGGUGUUUGAGAAUGGUGCUCGUCGAGACUACAGUAUCAGCGUGCAAACUAUCGCUCGCCAGCCGGUGGGUGAAGUGACCAUCUCCGGCGCAGGCCCGCGGAGCACCGACAUAGCUAGCUUCGAUAGGCUCGGAACUUACCGGCUGAUCGUUGCCGGACCUGGACCACGCCGACUAGUGACGAUCAGCGUGCAGCGCAAAAGCGUAGCCUGCUCAUCGCAGUGCACGGACCCGGCAACUGGCCGUCAGCACAACGUGGGUACAACGUGGCAAGGCCGUGGCUGUACAACAUGCCGGUGUGAGAUCGUGUCGGGACUACCUCAAAUGCAGUGUUAUCGGGAAAGCUGUGGGCCAAGGCCAAGGUGCAAAGGAGGCUUCUCACCAGUGACUCCUGCAGGGCAGUGCUGUCCAGUGUGUCCAGCAGUUUGCUCCAACACAGCGACUGGCAGAUAUGUAGGAGUGGGUACAUUUUGGGAUGAAACCUGCCAAAGGUGUACAUGUGCGGACGGGGGAGAUGGUAAUGGAUUGAAAGCUUGUCAACUGCGUAGCGUUUGUCCGAGCGCACCAAACUGUCCAGGCGGUGUGGACCCGAUAAUCACGCAAUCCAACGACCCCUGCUGCCCGCAGACAUUCCAAUGUCCCAGCGUACCGCCGACGUUGCCGUGGAGCUCCUGCGAGAGCAACAGUGGGGUGCAGAGUCAUGGCAGAGUGUGGCGUGAUGGCUGUCAAAUCUGCCAGUGCAGGCAAGGCGUUCCGGUCUGCAUUGUGCAAGCCUGCCCCCCGCCGCCAUUUUGCCCAGCCGGGCAAGUUCCGGCGGAGAUUGCCCAACCAGCCACGGCCUGCUGUCCUCAGUACAGUGGCUGCAAGACGGCAGUGUGCAAGGACUACAGUGGCGUUGCACGCCGAGUUGGAUCGGUGUGGCGUGAGCCGUGUUCGUCGUGUACAUGCUCUGACAAAGGUGUAUCCGAAUGUAAUCCCAUCCAAUGUCCCCCUCCUCCACCAUGCCCAGGUGGACAGUUGCCCCUGGCAACUGGCAAAGUUGGUUGCUGUGAUCAAUACACUUGCCCCAAAUGCUGUGAAGAUGAGACUGGCACCUACGCAGAAGGAGAUAGCUGGAGCAGGGAUUCGUGCACGCAGUGUCGCUGCUCCAACUGCUCUGUCCAGUGUUCCGCAGUGCCGGCGAAUUGUCCGGACUUGCAGUGUCCGACUGGGCAGGAGAGUGUGCGGCGUCCUGGAGAGUGCUGCCACACUACGUGCAAGCGCCUGUGCCCGUGGGAAUGCGGAGAGCAGCUGUAUGCCGCGUGCUUCCGAUCUAGCUUCACCUCUGCCAACUUCCGCCGCUAUCCUGCAUCGGGUCGUUUAAGAGAUCUACUCCUAUUCGCCCAUGAGUAUGACUACACUCUCUGGACGGCAGGUCAGCGGGCAUCAAGAGGCUUUAUAGAAUUUGUUCGCACCGGUGAUUCCGGGCUGCUGGCAAAGGAUCUUCUCCCAAGGAAGGAAUCUAUUCUGAAGAACAUCACGGCCUCGGAGCUGGGACCCGGUGAUUUCUGCGUGCCUUUGUCCAUCGACCACCGUCACUCUGUGGUGUCUGGUGCGGCUGGGAUUUCCCCCUCUCCAGACUGGUUUGUCGGUCCGACCCAUACUGAACUCUGUGACUCUACGUCAGGACAGUGGAAGAGCAAAGUCACUGUUCAGCUGCUCCCCUAUGAUGCCGGCAUCAACAAAGCUCGGAAGUUUCUUGUUAAAAAGCCCGAUUACGCCAGCCCAGAGCCCGUUCACGCCAUUGAGGAUUUGCGGAGUGAAAAAACACAGUUUUAUGUACCAGGCAGGCGAGUUGUUGGAAGCCUGGGUGAGCUGGUCCUUGAGAGAGUGAGCGAUGGGUGUCCGGCCUACAGCGGGUAAGGCUCAUCAUCUACAUUGUAGCUCCUCUGGAGGUCACUGUCAGGUGUGUAACACUGAUAUAACUGUACCAUAGUACCGUGAUAUGAAUCAUAAUAUCUCUUUUCAGAAGGCGCUAUCAGUCACUGUGCCAUGAAAUUAUUUGAACACGCAAUGAAUGCAUACUUUUAAAAAAACGUUUUAGAAUUAAAAUUCUUUGAAAUGCAGGCAUGCAUGAAUUUCUCAUUCCGUCUUAUUAUUGCUCUAUAGUCGUGGUGGUACAUGCAUUCAUCCAAUUAUUCCAAUAGCAGAUCUAAACAAUGCAACAUAUAGCAAGUGAAUAAAUGUUGUGCUUCGUUGGUGGUAGGUACAUGAAAAAAUGUCGCAUACUUUCUCUGUACGCUAGAGCAGAUGUCCCUGCCUAUUUUAUGUCUUUGACUUGCCAUUCACCUGUUCACCUUUCUCAAACUAAUGAAUUUGCACUUGAAGUUUGGCUUUGAAUCUGACCUUCAUUUUUAAAAGAAUUAUGAAAUAAGUACAAACUUUUCCAA